AAGACGCCUUCGUAAUCUAGGCUCUUCCAUCCAUCAGUACCUUUUCUGUCAUUUAGCGAUAACUAUAAAACACAAUGGGGUGCUGAUCAAAAUCACUUUUGCGAAAAGAUUUGAGUCGUUUUAGAUUCAAUUCUCACCACAUCUCACAGCGUUCGGUUUACUCAAAGGUUUCCACCAGUCUCUCUGGAGCUGUGACUACACUUGGUCGAGAUGAAUCGGCCAAAGCCAACGGCCCUGCGGCGGCCCAGUGCUGCGAAAACAUCGGGUCAUCCCCCACCCGGAGACUUCAUCGCUCUGGGCUCAAAGAACCAGGGCGGCGACUCUAAAGCCCCCGCUGUCCUCCUGAAGCCGGCCGCCGCCGUUCUACCUGCUGACCGCAAGAGAGAGACUUCCUCCGCCCUCCCGUCCUCAUCGGGGCUGUCCAGCCUCACCAAGCGGCCCAAGCUUUCCACCACGCCCCCGGUCAGUGCCCUGGGACGCCUCGCUGAUGUUGCGUCUGCGGACAAGAGGGCGAUAUCACCCUCCAUUAAGGAACCAUCGGUUAUUCCUAUCGAAGUUUCACCGGCGCUGCUGUUGGACGACAUCGAGUUGGCAGAGUCGGAGGGCAACGACGAGCGCAUCGAGGGCCUGCUGUGUGGCGCGGUGAAGCAGCUCAAGAUGAACCGAGCCAAGCCGGACAUCACGCUGUACCUCAGCCUCAUGUUCCUGGCCAAGAUCAAACCCAACGUGUUUGCUACGGAAGGAAUCAUAGAGGCCUUGUGCAGCCUCCUGCGUCGAGACGCUUCCAUCAACUUUAAAGCAAAGGGGAACAGCCUGGUGUCUGUGCUGGCCUGCAAUCUGCUGAUGGCCGCCUACGAAGAGGACGAGAACUGGCCCGAGAUUUUUGUCAAAGUGUACAUCGAAGACUCCCUCGGGGAAAGAAUCUGGGUGGACAGCUCUCACUGCAAGAACUUUGUGGACAACAUUCAGACGGCUUUCGGCACCAAGGUGCCGCCCAAAAGCAUGCUACUGCAGGCCGACACGGGCCGAGCCGCUGGAGAUCUCAGUGCAGGUAACAGCCCUCAUCCGUCAACCCCCGAUGAGGACGACAGCCGGGCAGAAUUGCUUAUAGCGGAGGAGAAACUCAGCCCCGAGGAUGAAGGGCAAAUUAUGCCGAGGUAUGAGGAACUAGCGGAGAGCGUGGAGGACUAUGUGCUGGACGUCCUGCGGGAUCAACUGAACCGCCGGCAGCCCAUGGACAACGUGUCACGGAAUCUGCUGCGCCUGCUGACCGCCACGUGCGGGUACAAAGAGGCUCGGCUGAUGGCCGUGCAGAGGCUGGAGAUGUGGCUUCAGAACCCCAAGUUGACCAGGCCGGCUCAGGACCUCCUCAUGUCGAUGUGUAUGAACUGCAACACGCACGGAGCGGACGACAUGGAGGUGAUCUCCAACCUGAUCAAAAUCCGCCUCAAGCCCAAAGUGCUGCUCAACCACUACAUGCUCUGUGUCAGGGAGCUUCUGAAUGCACACAGAGACAACCUGGCCACGAUGGUGAAGUUGGUCAUCUUCAACGAGCUGUCUAAUGCCAGGAACCCCAACAACAUGCAGGUUCUUCACACGUUGCUGCAGCACAGCCCGGAACAGGCGCCGAAGUUCUUGGCGAUGGUCUUCCAGGAUCUACUCACCAACAAGGACGACUACCUCCGUGCCUCGCGAGCCCUGCUGAGGGAGAUCAUCAAGCAGACCAAACAUGAAAUCAAUUUCCAGUCCUUCUGCUUCGGUUUGAUGCAGGAGAGGAAGGAAACCACCUACGUGGACAUGGAGUUCAAAGAGCGCUUUGUCAUCCAGGUGACAGAUUUGCUUACCGUCUCCAUGAUGUUGGGCAUCACAGCUCAGGUCAAAGAAGCCGGCAUCGCGUGGGACAAAGGGGAGAAGAAAAACCUGGAGGUCCUGAGAUCCUUCCAAAAUCAGAUCGCCUCCAUCCAGAGGGAUGCCGUAUGGUGGCUUCACACGGUGGUUCCCACCAUCAGCAAAGUGGGCGCCAAGGACUACGUGCACUGCCUUCACAAAGUGCUUUUCACGGAGCAACCCGAGACCUACUACAAGUGGGACAACUGGCCGCCAGAGAGCGACAGGAACUUCUUCCUGCGUCUCUGCUCCGAAGUUCCCCUGCUGGAGGACACGCUGAUGCGCAUCCUGGUGAUCGGGCUGUCUCGCGAUCUGCCGCUUGGCCCGGCGGACGCCAUGGAGCUCGCCGACCACCUGGUCAAGAGGGCCGCUGGCGCUCAGUCCGACGAUCUGGAGGUCCUGGUUGUGGAGCGGAUCCAGCUCAUUGACGCUGUGCUCAAUCUGUGCACAUACCAUCACCCAGAAAACAUCCAGCUGCCUGCAGGGUACCAGCCUCCAAAUUUGGCAAUCUCCACCCUUUAUUGGAAAGCAUGGCUUCUGCUGCUGGUGGUAGCUGCAUUCAAUCCACAGAAAAUAGGCUUGACUGCCUGGGAUGGUUACCCUACCCUAAAAAUGCUCAUGGAGAUGGUUAUGACCAACAACUACACGUACCCGCCUUGCACCGUGGCGGACGACGACACAAAGACUGAGAUGAUCGGUCGCGAGCUGCAGAUCUCACAGCGGGAGAAGCAGGAGAUCCUGGCCUUCGAGAGCCACUUGGCCGCCGCGUCCACCAAACAGACCAUCACGGAGAGCAACAGCCUGCUGCUCUCCCAGCUCACCAGUCUGGACCCGCAGGGUCCGCCUCGUCGACCUCCACCUCAGGUUCAGGAGCAAGUGAAGACCCUCAACCAGUCUUUACGUCUCGGCCAUCUUCUAUGCCGCAGCCGCAACCCGGACUUCCUGCUCAACAUCAUACAGAGACAGGCUUCCUCCCAGUCCAUGCCAUGGUUGGCAGACCUGGUCCAGUCCAGCGAGGGGUCCUUAGACGUGCUGCCCGUGCAGUGCCUGUGCGAAUUCCUCCUGCACGAUGCUGCGGACGACAGCCUGCACAUAGACGAUGAUGAUGAGGGAGGGAGUAAAGAGCAGAAAGCCAAGAGAAGACAAAGACAGCAGAAACAAAGGCAACUCCUCGGACGACUUCAGGAUCUUUUGUUGGGUCCCAAGGCCGAUGAGCAGACAACGUGCGAAGUUCUGGAUUAUUUCCUGCGUCGUCUCAGCUCCUCUCAGGUGGCUUCGAGAGUCCUGGCAAUGAAGGGCUUGUCACUGGUACUGACUGAAGGAGGUCUGAAGGAUGGAGAGGAACGGGACCAGCCAAUGGAGGAGGACUCUGCCGAUGCCGAGCUCCUGCCGGUGUACCAGUGGCUGCUGCAGGACCUUCCCAAACUCCCCAUGUUCGACAGCGUCCGAGGCAUGACGUCCACCGCCCUGCAGCAGGCCAUACACAUGGAGACUGACCCUCAGACCAUCAGCGCUUAUCUCAUCUACCUGUCACAGUAUGCACCAGUGGAGGAACAGGCUUCUCACAAUGACCUGGCUUUGGAUGUGGCCCGGCUCAUUGUGGAACGCUCCACCAUCAUGAACAACCUCUUCUCCAAGCACUCCUGCAGACCCGAGUCAGAGGCUGUCCUCAGCGCUUUCCUCUCCAUCUUCUCCACUUACAUCAGGAGGAUGAGGAAGACCAAAGAUGGGGAGGAUCUGUACAGCUGGUCGGAGUCUCAAGAUCAGGUGUUUCUGCGCUGGACAACAGGAGAGACCGCCACCAUGCACAUCCUUGUCGUCCACGCGAUGGUCAUCCUACUGACUCUGGGCCCUCCUAAAGGCGAAAGUGACUUCUACAAUCUUUUGGACAUUUGGUUCCCUGACAAGAAACCAUUGCCAACUGCCUUCCUGGUAGACACGUCAGAGGAGGCCUUGCUGCUGCCUGAUUGGUUGAAACUGAGGAUGAUUCGAUCUGAGGUGCCUCGAUUGGUGGAUGCAGCAUUGCAAGACCUGGAACCUGAGCAAUUGCUACUGUUUGUGCAGUCGUUUGGAAUUCCCGUCUCGAGCAUGAGUAAACUGCUGCAGUACUUGGACCAGGCCGUCACUGUCGAACAACGGGCACUGGAGCAGAACAUCAUGGACAAGGACUACAUGGCUCACCUGGUGGAGGUGCAGCAUGAGCGAGGUGCCACCGGGGGGCAGGCUUUUCACAGAUUGCUGAUGUCAUUCCUUCCACCGCAGAGAGAUGCUCCUGAAUCAAAUAAAGUCAAAGUUCCAGUGGAAACGCCUCACGGCGCCGUUAAGAUGAGAGGAGCCACACAGCUUCAUACAGUCGGGCCUGAUGAUGACCUGACAGGCUUGAUGCUGAGGAUAUUCCCAUUGAAGGCAGAGCCGCGCUGGCCCAGCCCGCCCCCCGGCCAGCUCUCCCUGGCCUUGCAGCAGGCUCUGGCCAAAGAACUGAUGCGGGCCAAGCAAGGUCAGGUUCAUCAGGCCGGGCUGGCUCUGCAUCUCCUUCAGGCCAUGGCCGCCCUGCUUACCUCGACCCAUGCCGGGCCCAUCGUUCUGUCCAUGCACCGUAAUCAUGCCCUCGCUUGUCCGCUCAUGCGUCAGCUUCACCUUUACCAGCGCCUUGUGCCGCAGGACGUCACCUUCUCUUCCCUAUUCCUUAAAGUCAACGUUGAGAUGCUCAUCUGGCUUGACAAUCCCUCCGUGGAGGCGGGCCCACUAAAGACUCUGCUCAAGUCUUUUAUUGGCCAAAAUUCUCACACACACAGGCACAAUGAUGUACGCUCAGGCUUCCUCCACCUGGCUGAGGCACUGGUGUAUCACAGCGACACUGAGGUGCCACUGAGAGCCAUCAUAGCGAUGCUGAAGGACGGAGAGAGAUGUAACGCAGAGGCGGAGCUUAUUGGAAAAGUCUUACAAGGGCUGAUGGAGACCAAGUCUCCAUAUUUGGAGGAGCUGUUGUCUCUGUUGAUGACAGUCAGCACCCAGAAAGGGCCGGCCGGCCCCGUUGCCAUGGUUAUUUCUUUACUGCUGCAAGAAAGCGAGGAGCGGGCCGUGAAGAAGGACCCGGACGCAAAUUCAAUCUCCGAGUUGACAAAGUCCGGCCUGAGCUCGGGCCUACUGGUGGGUUGGAUGGAGUAUUUGGACCCCGAGGUCACAUCAGUGUGUCCCGACCUUCAGCAGAAACUCUUGUUUGCCCUCAACAAGGCGCGAGGUACUCCGGCCUACAGGCCUUACCUUCUGGCCCUGCUCACGCAUCAGUCUAACUGGUCCACGCUGCUGCAGUGUAUCAGCACUCUGCUCAGCAAGCGCAAAGACUACAAACUGGACCCAACGUCAGCUCUUGAUUUCCUGUGGGCGUGCAGUCACAUCCCGCGCAUCUGGCAAGGACGUGACCAGAAGAUCCCUCAAAAGAAAACGGAGAUAUUUGUGAUGCAGCUGAGCUCCGAGGAGCUCAUCAGCCUUGUGGAUCUGAUCCUGGCCGAGUCGGAGCUCAACUGUCGCGGCGAGAGGAGCGCGGCGGAGGAGGAGGUGUCCUGCUCUCUGAUCCAGGCCCGGCUGCCUCUCCUCCAUUCCUACUGCAACGGCCACCUGGACAACAUCAAGAAAGUGUCCGAGUACCUCAUCAGCUGCACCAAGAAGUGGGAGGACAGUGCCAUGAGUAAGCGUUGCCAGAACUUGCUUCUGCAAAUCUACCUCCACUUCCCCGAGGUCAUCCAGCACGUCGCCUUGCCUGAGGGCACGCUCAGCAGCGGCGGAACGGCGGGUGGCAGCAGCUGCAAGCUUGACAUGCUGGUCCACCGUCUGGUUACAUUGCUUGCCGAUGUAGUGGAAUCCAAAUCGGCUGAGGGACGCGUUUCUGACGCCAACCUCGCCUGUAGGAAACUGGCCGUGUCACAUCCUGUCCUCUUGCUCAGGCACCUGCCCAUGAUCGCAGGCCUCCUUCACGGCCGCAUUCACCUCAACUUUAGCGAGUUCCGCCAACAGAACCACAUGAUGUUCUUCAGCAAUGUGCUGGCCAUCCUGGAACUCCUGCAGCCCCUCGUCUUUCACACUGACCACCAGAGGGCGCUUCAAGACUGCCUCCUUUCCUUUAUGAAGGUCCUUAAGAACUUUCAAAGGAGUCGAUCCCCAUUGGUCUUCAUCAACAAGUUCCUCCACUUCACUCAAAAGUACAUUACCCACGAUGCAGCGGCCGCCAUUCCGUACCUGCAGAGGCACUCUGACAUAUUGCAGAGCAUGAGUGCAGAAAAUCCAGACUUGGUCCAGCUCAAGUCUCUGCUAGCCGGGCUCACCCUUCCUGUAAAAAGCUCCUCCACAGAGGUCUCUACCGAAGACGGAGAUGAUGAGAUUGCGGCCGGUUCCCUCCCUCUGGUCAACAUCUCUGCGUCUGUUCCGCUGAGCAGCGCCGACAUGACUACGUAUCUGAAGAAGAUUUCGAGAGGCGAGGCAAUGGAGGAUGUGUUGGAAGUGUUGAUAGAGGUGGAUGAGAAGUCGAGGAGGAGCCCGGAGAUCAUCCAGUACUUCACUAAUGACCUGCAGAGACUCAUGAUGUCCUCGGAGGAGUUGUGUCGGAACAUUGCCUUCAGCCUGGCGCUGCGCUGCAUCCAGAAUAAUCCCUGCCUGGCUAACGACUUCCUGCCGACGUUCAUGUACUGCAUGGGCAGCAGCGACUUUGACGUGGUGCAGACGGCUUUGAGGAAUCUUCCGGAAUACGUGCUGCUCUGUCAAGAACAUGCAGACAUCUUGCUCCACAAGGCGUUCUUAGUGGGCGUCUACGGACAAAUCGACACCAGUUCAAUGAUAUCAGAGUCCAUGAAGGUCCUUCACAUGGAAGCAAUUUAACUUCAUUCAGUCGCAUUCGCAUGGAAAAUGAUGUAUCAACUUUUUAAUGGGCAGUUUAUAGUCCAAACGCACAUUUAUUUGAUUCAGGAUGCUUUCUGAGGGGGAAACAUACAUUUUAGUUUACACAAGUGCAUCUCACAUUUGAAUAUUGUAUAAGAGUUUUUUUUUUUUUUUUAAGUCUGUGGAUUCAAAAAGUUAAAUUUGUACUAUACAAUCCAUUAAAAGGGAAGUUGCAGUUUUAAAACCACGAGCUAGAUUUUAAUGUAGCUUCACUUCACUAAUCCUUCCCCCUCUUUCGAGUCCUUUACCAAAACUCCGCCCCUCACUGACGUGCACGAGCACGAUUCUCAAACAUGGCCGUUCAUAAUGACAUGCGAUUAUGUAAGUGCAUAGUUGUGAUAGAUGCUAACAGAGAACGCUGUCCAGUGUCAACAAAGAAGAAGCAUUCCUAAGCUAGCAUUUGCACCAUAAACAAGCCGAUGUUAGCUGCGGCUGCUACGUUGAUAGCAUGACUUAUUUGUGAUAGAGUGUUACAAUAACAAAAUGUUAUCAGUUUUAUUUUUGGAAUGUGCAAUUAAUUAUAUAUCAAAAAGAGGUGAUAAACUUGCCUGUUCAGCAGAAAUGUUGCUAAUUCUGUAUCACUUCCGAAUCCUUAGCUGCAAAAGGUCCGUUGGUCGGCUUUUUUUUUUUUUGGGGUGUGUGGGGGGGUAUUGUGCCCAGUUGCUAGCAAAUGAAGGAUGGGCAAAACUCCUGAAGCCCAAGCAAGCAGGUCACCGCAAGGUUAGAAGAGUGUGCCGGUGACCAGCUACAUGUGUGCCUUUGAGUGCACGGUAAAUGAUUGACACCAUGUCGGUCAUGCCGUCUGUUUCUGAUUGGUGGUUGUUGUUCCUCGGGCGCGGUGGAUUCGUGAGAAUCUAAACACAGGUACAAGAUGGGGCCAGAGGGAUGAGGUUGCUUUUUUUGUCUUUCCCCCCCCCCAAAUCAUUUUACUAAUAUACUACUGUCAGGUUUAUACAGAAAGUUUUAACAAAAUGACAAAAAGUGAUUGUUUUGAAAACUUCAAACUCCCCCUUUGAACACAGGGAAAAAAAAUUUUUCAGUCGGCCAAUUCCUCCCAAAUUUCAAUGUUUCAAAUCAUUUAAAUUGUUUCUUAUGUUAUAUUCUAAUUGUAAAAGAUUGUUUAUUUGCGUUUUUCGUUUGCUGUAAAAUAUAGGAAUCCGGAUUAUUAAAAAAAAAGAAUCAUGGAAUUUCUCAGUGUGUACUGAAUCUAUAGAUGUAUGAGUUUCACUUUUUGAAUUGACUCACAGAGAGAAAAAAAAAACGUUUUUCCACAACUAAUUUAUUAGGGUUCACCUGUAUAUAAAAUCAGCUCUAUUAAUUUGAAUGUUUGAUACUGAAACUCCAACAAUGCUUGACUUUUUAAAUGUGGGACCGCAAAGCCUCUGUAUUAUGGACUCAAGUCUUUGUCUCCACACCACAUUGUUUGCCUGACACUUAAAAAGCACCCCCGGUGAAUAAAGAAAAUAAGAAAAUACAGAAUUUGCCUUUAAUUUCAUUUGAGUGAGUAGUGGAACAAAUUUCUGCAGCCGCUCGUUUCGUCCAAAAUGAUGAGCUGAAAUUGUAAAUAAAACACGGCACCAAAGCCAAUUAUUAACUUUCAUGUAAAAUUCCAAAGACGGGGGGGGGAAAAAAAAGAUAAGAAGCGGGCGCCUUUCAAUUGGUUGCAGACAAAAGCGGGAAGCGGCUGUCACGCUGCGUGGCGGCUCGCUUCUCGCCGGCGCGCGGCAGGCAGAUUAAAGGUUGUGAUGAGCAUGCCGCGAUGGAAACCAUUUUGCCAUGAAAAGUGCGUCUUGUUUAGCCCCGCUGCCACCGAAUUGAUGUGAAAGCCUCUCCGCAGAGUCACAAGAGCCAAGUCAAACAGCGCAGGCAUGCGGGCUCAAGGAGGAAAGUGGACUUCCCCAUUGGAGCCAAAUUAACCGUGGCGGUAAUUGUUCAAUCAUUUCAAGCCAGAGGUCCGCUUUGAUGACACCAUGCGGACCCUUUGCCGCUGGUGUUGCGUUACGUGGAACUUGAGGAUCCUCAGUAAGGCUUAGGCGUGCCCACACUUGUCGCUCAGUGGAAGCUGUCGCUCACUAAUCAAAAGUCCAAUAACAUACUUGGACUGGAUGAAUGAGUGCAGCUUUUAGCACUACUCUACCUCUUUGUAUUACACUGUAAUACAGGAACACCAUUUGGGGGUCAUUUGCUUUAAUGUAUUUUUUUUCCCCAAGCUCACAGCUCGCCAGCCAUUACUUUAGCAUGUGUGUAAUUUAUACCCUUCAGUGUCUCUCAACCGAAACAAAGUGAUACUCUGAUGCCUCUAACACAGUGGUUCUCAAACAAUUUACACCAAGUAUCAUGUAAAAAAAAAAACUUGGCUUUCCAAGUACCACCAUCAUGACCGACAAUAAAAUACAGGCGCAUAGUAUGCCUGCAUGUUCAAAAACAUCAGAAAUGAGACGGGUUUUAUUGCUCAAAAAUAUAGUUAUUAACUCAUUCACUGCCAGCCUUCCCAGUUGAAUAUGUGACUUCUAAAGCCGUCAAUGGCAGUGACUGUGUUAAUGUUGUAAGCCACUUUAACAUUAUGCACAACAGUGCACUUAAAUAUAAAAAACAUAGCAAAAAAAGUACUUGAAUGAUUUAAUUGCACAUAAAAGUUAAAUAAAAAUUGUUGCUCAAUAAAAAUGUAAAAACAAACUGUUCUUAAUUAAAGUUUAUAUGAACUGAACUGUACUUAGCCAGUGAUUCUUUUGGGUACCACUAGAAGGAGCCCCCACCACUAGUAGCAAUUAUGGAAAGCUGUUUGCGCAUGAUAUACUGUAAAAUGCCCUUGAUAUCAAUAAUAGUAAUGUAAUAAUAGUAGUAAGCUUAAUAGUAAUGAGUCAGAUUAGUUUAACAUCCAUGUACUAGUGUGCUCUUUGCCAGAUAAUUCAGUGCACUAGUAGAACAAAUAGGGUACACUCAUAGAACAAAUGUGUCUUACAACUGAUUUUUACAAUACUAGUGCCACUUUUGGCCUACUUGUACUAAAUUAAACUUUACUAGUAAACUUGCCGUGUUGUGCUAGUAAACACUACCCGGCCCAACUGGACCAUAGCAGUAGCACCAAAAUGCUCACUGGUAGUUUUGCCUCACUAGAAACAUGAAACAGCUGAAAAUUGGCGACUGUGACUCCCCCACAUGUGAGGGCAUUACAGUAAGUAAGUAUACUGUAAAAACCCAGCAAAAACGACUGCUUCAAGAAUGCAAUGUAGCCAGGGAACACUGUAUAUACAAACACGGUGCCCCCGUUGACAUGGUCUCUUCCUGAUGGCUUAAUUGCACCUGUAUGGUGUCCUAUAACUCGCCGAGAGCUGUGUUUAUGGUGAUCUAUCACCUUGCUGCACAAGUCCCGACAGCCUGGGCUCUUGGUCCGGCGCCAACAUCCGAUCGGCCGGGCAGCAGCCAGACGGAACGGCGAUGAGUGACGGCGAGCAGAAGGGCAGGGCUGAGAAGUUAACAAACAACUGCUGUCAUCAUCAUCAUUAUCAUUAUCAUCAUUAUCAUGACAGUGCCAGUCUGUAUGCCCUGACCUGGCCACUGCUACGCCCGCUUGAGCACGUGAUACUCGUAUUGAUCGCAGUGAUCAGCUUGGCAGGAAUGCAGACGCUCCCCGGUGUCUCAGCCGCCCCGCACCCCCGCAAUGUGCCGCGACCUGCCCCGUCGCACAUCUGUCUGCUCUCCAUCUUCCUCUCCGUGGCACGGCGGCCUUAGAUCAUCUCCUCCUCGGCCACACUUGACUUGUGCUUGCCUGGAAAAGAAAAAACAAAACAAAAAAUGUCUCCCUACUGCCUUUCACGGUGCCACUUUGAUGUCUCAAGUGUGAUUCGCUUUUGGAUCGCGUCUGCUUUCCCUUGAUGGCGCUGACAUGAAAAGCGGGCCGCUGGCCUCUCUGGUUCGUCCCACAACCGCUGAUCCACGACUAAAACAGUCGGCCCCGCCGAUCUGCGGGAUACGAUUACCCGGGAAGAAGGAGGCAUGAGGCGUUGAGGCCUCCUCAGGCGUGACACCCACUUUUACUCCAACUUAAACAAGACUUUUAACGGGUGCUGAUUGAAUUAUGCCUUGAAACCGUUAAGAAAUAGAAUAGCCCUCCGCCAAGGUUGAGCUGCUAACAAAACUCUGACUACAUUGUCGCCAGUGACUCUGGCAAGAACGAAGCAGUAGAUGCAAUGAAGCAACAACAAACAACAACAAAAACACAAAAAUGACGAGUGAUGAGCCCGCCUUUUGUUACCACGACGACUCGGGAAAUAGUUUUGGAUCGGGAAAAGCCGUCAGAGCAGCAAAACUAUCGCUUUGCCCCCAUCUUGGUGUCAAGGAACUAUGUCGACGUGAGUUGAGGAUAUUCACAUAGACAAAAGUUGUGCGUAGCUGCCAUCGUGUGGCAGUUAUAGGCAAGUGUAACCCUUUUUGGCCGGUGUCAAAUUACAAGUAAAUUUUUUCUAUUCGUUGCAGGGUUUCGUCACUGUAGCUGCAAAACAAUAUAUCUCCUCUCAAAUGUUACUUUUUAAUUAAAACAUAUUUAUAUAUAAAGUACUUUUUGUCUAAAUGAACAGAUCAAAGUCAUUUUUUAGCUCUGAAACUUUCUUCAAAUGUUUUCUCGGGUGUUCAAAUUGUGAGAGUAGAAGCCAAAUAGAUGAAAAGUGUCCACACAGAGCUGAGGCUGAACAAACACCAUGUGUGGCGGGACUGUCGACUGAAUAGACACCUGCGUUUGUCCCGGGCGCACAGCUAGCUAUGGAGGAUUUAGGGUCUGAAAGUAGUCCCUCAGCGUCCCCCUGCCAAAAUUCUUUGCCUCUGUCUUUUUAAAGCCUAUUGAUCCACAUAAUGAGGGACAGAAUUGGGGGAGGACUUGAGGUUGUGACAGACGCUUCUAAAGAAGACGCUGGUGGAUAAUUGAGGCAGGCCUUAAGGCCACAAUGGUGACGGCUCUUGUCAGGCUUCACGCGUUGGGCCUCGCACUCCUCUCUGGUGGUUGCACAGCUCGCCCGGAUGACACGCUAACCACGGAGAGAGCAUUGUUUUAUUAGCGGCGAGACAAGUGUUUUCCGUGGGCUUAGACAGCCACCGGUGAGACGUCCUUUCGGGGCGAACUUGGAAUUGACUUGCUCGAGCUUGUGCUCCGUUAUCAGAAACCGAACUCUACAGCUUUAGUCGUCCCUGGGUGGAAAGGACAUUUAACAAUCUGUCAAUGGCUUUAUGUCAUUUGGUAGUGCCAAAUGACAGCAAAUGUUCUCUCAAGGCAUUUUUCACACGGAGCACACUAGUUAGUGCUUUGAAUAAAAAUGCUUUUGUGAAAUCGUGUCUGUUGGCAUCAUAACAUGUAACUCAUCGGCGUUUGCAUGGGGAAUUUGAUCCCUUAUGUGUAAUUCCAUGCGACGCUAGAAGAGAUGGCGAGUGUGUGUGUGUGUGUGUGUGUGUGGAGGGGGGGUGAUUCUUGGGAAUGAUGGGAAAUGUAGUUAUUCAUUGUAAACAUGGAGAGGAAAAGGUCAAAGCCAUCACGUAUAGAAUUUUGAAAGAAAAGAAGAGGUUAAUGGUUAAUUUAUGGGACGAGGAGGGACCAAAGAAGGGUCUCGCACAGGGCGCCAUUCAAGCUCAAACCAACAACAUAGAAAAACAAAUGCAAAAAAAACAACAAACCAUUUUGCUAGAUUUAUUUAGACUCAAUUUAGUAGGGUACAUUCUAAUUUAUAUUUUCAUUUUUGUUGGGGGUACUAUGUUGCAAACUGCAUUUUAUUGCUGUUUUAUUGAUUUCAGUUAACACUGUCCAAUGAAAAGCAUGUAUGUCCAAAUGUAGUAAAUAUUUCCUUUUUUAUCUUGAUAGAUCUUUUUUUUUGUAUAAAAAGUCACUAAACUAGGAGGUACAACCUCUCAUUGGACAUUGACAAUAUGCUAAUUUCUCCAGACAUCAUUUAACUGUCCAAAAAAGGCUAAGAGGAAGUUAAAAAUGAAGUGACAAUGGAAACACCAUUGCACAAAAAAAUAUAUGCCGGUUGAUGCAAAAACAUUUUGACUUUAACAUUAGUUUAUGAUUACAAAUUGUUUUGCAAAAAAAAAAAAAAAAAAACACACAUUUUGAACAUUUUGUAACACAAAAUUAACACCUAAAUGAAAGAAAUGAAUGAAAGACUUUUUUGCCACCUCAUUCCCUUAAACACGGGGGGCCGCCCUGACACCCUCGGCGUGACGAGAUACGAUCUGACAUAAUGGACUUUGCCAACGUUACGAUUCACCGCCCCCUCCACCACUUGAGCCCAUAAAAAAGCGAGCGUUGUGCUAAAUGUCGUGCGUCGACGGAUGGUAAUCAUCAAUUAUGAUUCGUCAGUGUGAUGUAAUUUGCAGGAUGGAUAAGAGCAACGUCUAAUGAGAGCCUAAGUGAAGCCUGCGCUGUUAAUGACAUGUCACAUUUUCGUACUCAUCCGACUGAGGCUGACUGGCUUCAUUUGGCUGUAAUUCAUUAGACAAAUGUUCAGUCACUGCAAUGCUGUGCAAACACCACACAUAUUCACUGCUGUUUUGCACACAUUUUAAUCUUAAGGAGCCAAUCAGAUUGCUGUACUACAGACAAAAAUAGUGGGUUGAUAUUCAUUUCACGGUACGUUUA